AUGGCCUCGGAAGAAAUGGAGCUCGACGAGCCCGUCCAGCAAGGACCCGGCGACGCCCCCUCGAACAACGGCAACAGCUCCGCCAAGCUGGCCGCCAUGCAGACCCUCACCAAAGCCACCGCCGUGCGCUCCAUCGAAGGCUGGAUCGUCAUGGUGACCAACGUGCACGAGGAGGCCGACGAGGAGGCCAUCCACGACAAGUUCGGCGAGUUCGGCGAGAUUCGCAACGUGCACCUGAACCUCGACCGCAGGACGGGCUAUGUCAAGGGCUACGCGCUGAUCGAGUACACGACGCUGGAGGAGGCGCGCGCGGCCAUCGACGGCGCCAACGACACGGAGCUGCUCGACCAGAACGUGCAGGUGGACUUUGCGUUUGUGCGCCCGCCGCCGGGCAAGCAGAACAACAACAGCGGGCGGCUCGGCGGCGGGUCAGGCGGCGGCGGCGGCGGUGGUGGCGGCGGCGGCGGACCGCGGGGGUCGAAUCGCGGGGCGCGCAGCGGGAGGAGUCGCAGCCGCAGUCCCGGGGCCGGGAAGGAUGAUGAAUUCAGCCGAUGUGUGUGUCUCGAGGGAGGCUUGAGAAAACACGUCGGCAUCUUGCCAUGGCAGUUUGAUAAAUGGUAUAUUCCAGCCGAAGACCCAUGUUAGGUUUGGGCAUCAUGCGGCUGACGUAGUUCUACUCAACAGGCCAAAAGUAACAAAACAAGACACAAAAGAAAGAUAUUGAGCAUGCAUGUUUUAGUUGGCACAGUCUCCUCCUGCCGUGGCAGACUAGUAUUCCCUAUGGUUCGUAGUGAAAGUGAACUCGCGUCUUAAACUCUUAGCCAGAACUUCGGCUCCUGUUUGGGAAAGAGUCAACUUCUUGAUAUACCCUCUCCUCACAUCAGAAAGUAAC